AUGCUAAAAUAUCGUACGUUGUUUCGAACAUGUCAUAUUUUUCACCCAAAAUCUCUCUCAAACGAUACCCUUAAAUCUGAAACGACUCAGGAACUACUUCAAACAAUGGGAUUUGUAAGACGCUCGCAAGUUGGAUUGUUUCAAUGGCUACCACUUGGUCUCAGGUCACUUAAUAAACUGACAGGAGCUAUACGAAACCGAAUGGACAACGAUGGUGAGGCCAUAGAAGUUUCACUAAGUGCUAUCUCUCCAAGAGCGUUAUGGCAGACGACAGGUAGGUGGAAUAAUAGUGAAUUGUUCAAGUUCAAAGACUCGAAAGGAAAGCAGUACUGUUUAACGGCGACAUGUGAAGAAGAUAUUACUGAUUUAAUGAAGAAUUACAUCACUAGUUAUAAAGAUAUGCCUAUCACAGUAUAUCAAAUGACAAGGAAAUAUAGGGAUGAAAUCAGACCCAGAGGUGGUAUCUUACGUGGACGCGAGUUCCUAAUGAAGGAUGCGUAUUCUUUUGCUAGCAAUAAAGAAGACGCCUUCGCUAGCUUUCAAAAGCUAGAUGAUACUUACAACAAAAUAUUCAAAGAUUUAAAAAUUCCCUUCGUCAGUGCGUGGGCAGACAGUGGUGACAUAGGUGGUGAGUUUAGUAAAGAAUUUCAUCUAAUUCACGAGUCCGGAGAAGAUACUUUAAUGAAUUGCAAACAUUGUGGAGAUACUUCAACCUUAGAUAUGUCUCACUCUUAUCCCGAAAAAGAUGGACAAUAUUUGGGUGAUGUCGACUGUAAAUAUGCUUUAACGAAAGAUCACUCUACUUUGAUAUGCUUUUAUUAUCCAAAAAAUAGACAAUUGAAUUGGAAUUUGGCCUCAAAUGUAAUGGAUAAAGACAUUGAUUUGGUAUUAAGAAACAAAUCGAAUGAUCAUAUCUUAGAUGUCUUUGAAAAUGACAAUGAAGACAUUAUGUUUAGCAAGAUAUUAAGAGUCAUGGACUGUAGAUUGAGUUCUAAAUCAAACUUUCCUGAUUUUCCACUGAAGAAAUAUCUGAAGAAUAAUUUUGGUCAGAUCGACGACGUUUCCAUAGUAGAUGCUCAAGAAAAUGAAACAUGUGGCAAAUGUGAAGAAGGAAGUUUACAGUCUCUCAAAAGUAUCGAGGUGGGCCAUAUAUUUUUACUAGGCAAUAAGUACUCGAAGCCAUUGAGUGUCAAAUUUGUUGAUAAAGAGAAUAAAAAUGACGCAUUUGUCCAUAUGGGAUGUUACGGUAUCGGAGUAAGCAGGUUAGUUGGAGCAGUUGCCGAACUGGGGCGCGAUGCUAAUGGGUUUAGAUGGCCAGCUAUAAUGGCACCAUACAAGUUAUCCAUUUGUACUGGGCCGAAUAAUGAAGAAAAUUCACAGCGAGCAAGAAACAUCGUAUCAGACCUACUGAAUAAUUCUUCUAUGCAUUUGGAAAACGAAAUUUUAAACCAGUUCAAUGAAAAACUGGGAAUAGGUGCUAGAAUAAAACUAUCCCAUGCCAUGGGUGUACCAUUAUGUGUCAUCGUGGGCUCAAAAAACUGGCCCGAUGUGGAGAUUGAGGUACGUGGGAUAAGAUGGGGGAAGAAAGACCUCUGGAAAAAACACUAUGAGAAGAGAUGCAAGGAGUUGGAAUGGAAGUGCAUCGAAAACGAAAAAGGACCUGAAAAACACAUUGUUCCAGUUGAGCAUUUAACAGAAGUCAUCGACAUACUGCUAAUGGAUAUGUAG